AAGCAAAAGCAAAAAAGGAAUGGAUUACCUGGGUAUCGAUCUUAGCUGCGCAUUUGGGUCUCUAAAGAAUGGCAGUUUCCCUCCCCAGGACUGUUUGCUCCCUCUCAUCUCCAAACUCCUCGGCUAUGCCAUCGUCGCCGCCUCCACCACCGUCAAACUCCCUCAGAUAAUGAAAAUUUUGAAGCAUAGGAGUGUUAGAGGGCUUAGUCGUGUAGCCUUUGAGCUUGAAGUAGUUGGUUAUACCAUUGCUUUGGCAUAUUGCCUUCAAACAGGACUACCCUUUUCAGCUUAUGGGGAGUUGGUAUUUCUUUUGAUCCAAGCAAUAAUCUUAGUUGUGGUUAUUUACUACUUUUCACAACCCCUCGGCAUCUCAACAUGGACCAGAGCACUGCUAUUCUGUGCUAUAGCGCCAACGGUCUUAGCUGGUAAAAUUGAUCCUCUUCUUUUUGAAGCUCUAUAUGUAUCCCAGCAUGCAAUAUUUUUUGUUGCCAGGGUGCCACAAAUAUGGAAGAACUUUUCUAACAAAAGCACUGGGGAGCUCAGCUUCUUAACAUGCUUAAUGAAUACUGCUGGCUCCCUUGCGAGAGUAUUUACCAGCGUCCAGGAAAAAGCACCACCAAGUGUUCUUGCGGGCUCGAUACUUGGUAUCGUGACAAAUGGCACAAUCCUGGGUCAAAUUAUUGUAUAUCAAAAGCCUAGAGUAGAGAAUGAGAAGAAAGCAGAUUAAAUUGGUACUAUGUUCCACUAUAAUUCUGUGGAAGGUUUAGAUCGGUGUAUCAGUGAAAAGUUCAGAUUGGUGUAUCGGUGAAAAAAUAGCCAUCAAUUUAUAGUUGACAACACACUGAAUUUGAACGCCUUGUGGAUGAUUUGGUUUAGAUACUGUUAGUAAAUGGGAUUCUUCAACUUUUAUAUGCUUUUCUUUGUGAGUCGAUAUGAAUCAUGCUGCCUUUUCCUUCUAGU